AUGGAAGGCUUGUGGUUAUUCUUUCUCUUGUCCCUGUCCCUUGUAGCCUUCCAUGAGGUCAAAGGCUGUCUGGAAUGUGACCCAAAAUUCAUAGAGGAUAUUAGAAAAUGGAUAGAAAACAUGAUACCCUCAGAAGUCCCUGGUCGAGAAGUUCUGAUUAAAAGGCAAUCCGAGGAGAUGAGUCAUUUAAGUUCCAAGGUCUCCCACAGGGACAAGACGCUUCGGGUGUUGGAUGUUCAAAAUGUUGCCAACUUGAGAUCAUGGCUGACAAAGGAGUUUGAGAAACUGGCUGGUGAAACCUGGAGAGGGGUCUUUAUCCUUCAAGGCAACCUUCUUCAAGUCCGGAAGACUCUGGAAUCAAGAAUAAAUGAAAUAUUAAAGACAUUCUCUGAUGUUGCUUGUUCUGAAGAUUGCAUUAUAACGGAAGGUCCUGUUCUUGAUUGUUGGACCUGUCUUCGUAUUACCGCUCAUUGCUUCAGAGGCGAGUACUGUGGAGAUGAUUUGAAGAGCAAUGAGAAUCGAGAGAUUACACUGUUUCUGAUCUUGCUGACGGUAGCUGUAGUGCUGGGAAGCACUUUGUUACUCUUCCAUAUUUGUGUGUCUCAUCGGAGGAAGAUGAAGGCAAUGCGAAGAUCAUUAAAAAAUUUUUUGGAGAAUAAAAUUGAAGCAUUAAUGGUGAUGACAGAAGAGAGGAAACACAAUAUUUUAGAACCUGGAAAUGAAUGCAUAGACAAAUUGAUUGUUCAUGAAUCUCCGCAGUGUCUGUCAUGA